AUGACUACACCACCAGAAACCGAAUCAACUUCAACACUCAAGAUAACCGACCAAACAGACUAUCUAAGCGAAGAUACAAAUUUGCCAAACAAUCAUGAAGAAGACGAAGAAGAAAAUGAAAAAGUUGACAAUCAAGUGAUGGAUCCAAAUCAACAAUUUCCCGAUAAUUUAUUCAAUGAACAAGCGGACAGUACUGACGAAUUAUCGUCGAAUGAAAUCAUUGAUCCAGUUAUAAGUCAACAAUUUCGUGAAUUAGAUCCCCUGUAUUUACCAGAGGUUUAUGAAAAACUACCAGAAACUUUUGAGUCAUUCACAUUUCCCAACUCAUAUAAAGAAAAUACCUUGAAAGAGUCACGUUUAUUAGAAUAUUGUGAAAAUUUUUGUCGACAAUAUGAACAUCUUUGUCCGGAUAGAACAAAAUUACUGCUUAUACCUAAAAAUGAAUGUGGUAUACGUAAAUUUGUCUGCACAACACUAACAAUAACACGUUUACCUUAUCCAGAAUUAUAUACAUGGGAGGGUACAGCUAAAUUUGUCUCUGAUUUUCUUAAUUUUGUACCACUUGUCCCGUCUACUGAACUACCAAAACGUCUUCUAAGUCCAAUGACAACAAUCCAGCUGCAGAAAGGUACUUGUUUUGAAUAUGCAAUGCUGCUAUGCUCAUUACUACUGGCUGUUGGAUAUGAUGCUUAUGUGGUGAGUGGUUAUGCCACUAGAGAAUGUUGUUAUAUGGAUGAAACACGUGAAACAUGUCCAUAUUUAAUAGAAGAAGAAGAGGAAGAGAUUGAAGAAGAAGAACCUGAGCCGAAACGUUACAUAAUUAAACCGGCAAAAGAUUUAACCUCAAAAUAUGAACAAGCAAUGGCAGCAAAAGAUUUACAAUCUGAAAUUGAACGUAAUAAACAAGCAAAAAAAGAUGCAGAAUUAACUGAAGCAGAGUUGUAUAAACCAACUGAAGAUCCACUGUACGGCCUUAGAAUCCAUGCAUGGAUUUUAAUUCUCCCCGGUAAACGUGAUGUCUCUGAAGGAUUUUUUAUUGAAGCGUUGACUGGUCAAGCAAAACCGCUGGAUUGUUCAAUGUAUUUAGGCAUAGAAAGUUUAUGGAAUCAUCAAAAUUAUUGGGUUAAUAUGCAAGAUUGUUCAAAUGGUAUCGCACACUUGAAAUAUAAUCUCUCUGAUGGCCUGUGCUGGGAAUAUUUACUGCCAAGUGGUAGUUUAAAUAUAAAAUUUGAUACAAUCCAACCAUUGGGUAUACCACAUUUACAAUCGAAUGAAAUGCCACAAUCAUAUCAUAUUGAAAAUGUUCAAUCAACAUUGAAUUUCAAUGCGAUACAGCGGGAAAGUCAAACCCGAAUUAGUAAUGAACCAUUGUUAAUUCUACCAAAUUCAAUGAAUAAAUUAAAAGGCACAAAAUAUCCACAUACAAGUAUCAAUUCAAGUGAUAAUAACAAAACUAAUGAUGAUGAUUAUUUAAAUGAUAAUGCUCUGCAGAAAUUACAUAAAAAUUUUCAAAUGAAACCAUUUGCUUGUCUAGAAGAUAAACUCCUGUUGUAUGAUUUACCGCCAACCUGGACAUUACCAAUAGUGAUCGACCAAGAACUAUUUGAAUUACGUUAUCCAAAAGGUUUUAAAAAGAAACAAUAUAAAUAUUCUUUGGUAGAAAAUUUCGCUCCAUUUUCACAAAAUGAUGGUUUAAUCCUUCGAUUAACAAUUUAUCAAGAUAGAGAAUUAACAAACCCUCUGGAAAUUAGAGAAACUUAUGCUAAUCGUGCCGACAAGUUAAUUAGUCGGACAAUACAAGUGAAAACAAAUUGGAUUGUUGAAAAAUUUGAUCAUGGACGUGAUAGUAGUCACUUAGCUGAACAUGGUUACUACAGGAGUCAACAAGCCUUACAUACAACACGUUAUAUGCUAUUUUAUAAUGAAGCAAGAGUCGACUGUUUAGAGAAACGUGAACAAACUCCAACAACAAUGAUUGAACACUAUAAAAAUCGUGAUGACCGUCUGUUUUUUCGUGAAGUCACUUAUAGUGCUAAAGUGAAACGUUUUGGUCCAGCACCACCUCCACCACCACCACUCCAACAACAACAACAACAACAACAAAAACAAAGUAAAGAAAAUUUACAUUCAAUAAUCUUGACAACAUUGAAUCAGUUGAAUAUUGAUAGAAUAUUAGAAAGAUUUUCACGUAACCCCGAGGUAGACGCUGAUGAAGAUGUUUCCGAGAGAAUAUUCAAUAUCGCUGAAGAUCGUAUAUUUCUUACUUAUCAUAUCGGGAAAGAACGUAUUAUCCCGUCUACACGAGAGUUUAUUAAACCUCCACCAUCGGAUGAUAGAAGAGAUACUGUACAACUCUACUGUGAUACACAUACAACAUUUCAGGUUGAUUUAUUUGCAAAGCCUAAAACACAAGUCGAAAUUUAUAAUAUGCUUGUACAUCUACUGGCUGAAGAAGAGAAGUCCAAAGACUCAGUACGUAAAUCAGAAAAUGAAAUUAGUAGAAUAUUAAGUGAACGUAUCACAGAAGAGCUACAAAUCACACUAACUAUCGAUUUAUUCGAUACAUUACGCAACCUGGAAGCACAAGAAUUACGUAUCGAAUUGGAGAGAAUUGCUGAAAGUGAACGUAAUCGUUGUAAAGAAAUUGAGCUGGAUUAUUUAGAACCAUUCCUUGCACAAAUUGAUGCAGUCGACAAUAAAUUAACACGUGAACAAGCAUUUGCUUUACGUGAAGAAUGCCUGCUGGACUGUAAACAACGUUUAAUUACAAAAGCGAAUAUUAUACAAGCGAGAUUUGAAAAGGAGACGGAGUGUUUGCAAAAGAAACAACAAUGGUAUCAUUUGAAUCAAAUUAAUUUGAGUAAAGAAGAUGAACAAGAGUAUCUACAGUAUUGUAAAGAUGCAACCUUUAAGAUUACAACAUUGGAGUCAAUGCUGGCUUGGCAUAAACGUACAGCACCUCAACGAUAUAUGGCACUGGAGAAGAGACUGAGAUCAGAUCCUCGUCUACGGGAAUUUCUUCAGACAAAUUAGAUUAUUGAUUUAGUUGGCUUG